AUGGCGCCACCUCAGGCCCGGGUUAGGCUGUACACGUUCCUACAGUCCUUUGACCGGGAACAUCGCGCACUUUCCUGCAAGUCCUUUGACCGGGAACAUCGCGCUUGUUCACCAACUUGCCGCUUGGCGCACCCACCCCCUCCUUCCAUUCCGCCUUCCCCUACCGCCCCCGCGGGUUCCUGUGCCUGCAAGAUGCUGGAGCGAGGCACCAAGUCUGUUCCUACUGGCAAGGAGCAAGGGACCAAAGGAGAAGGUGUCCAAAUACACUUCGAGGAGCCUCUCAGCUAUCGAGAUGGUGGCAGAGCCUGGCCUAGGCUCCUUCCUGGAGCCCACUGGCCCUCCUGUCCCCCCAGCUCCACACCAGGGCCCCCACAGAAACCCAGCCUGUCGGCUCCAGGGCCCUCCGUGUCCAGGGCCACACCUUCCCUGGUGCAGUGGCCCCCACCCCAGCGCCAGCACCGCUGCCUGGAUUGUGACAAGGCCUUCUCCUAUCCAUCCAAGCUGGCAGCCCACCGCCUCACACACAGUGGCGCUCGCUGGCAUGCAUGCCCGCACUGCCCCAAGGCCUUCAGCCACCGCUCCAAGCUGGCAGCCCAACUUUGGACCCACACACCUGCCUGCCCCUACCCGUGCCCCCACUGCCCCAAGUCCUUCUGCUACCCUUCCCAGCUGGCAGCCCACUGCCACAUGCAUCAUGCCACUGAGGCCUACCCUUAUCCUUGCCAGCACUGCCCCAAGGCCUUCUCAUUUCCUUCCAAGCUAUGUCACCUAUGUCACGAUCUCGCCACUGCACCGGGCAGCCAGGCCACGGCCCAGCAUCCAUGCUCCAGCUGCAGCCAGGCCUUUGGCCAAAGACGCCUCCUGCUCCUUCAUCAACACAGCCACUACCCAGCAGAGGGCCCCAGGGAGAGAGACUUCCCCAUGGCUCACUGCCCCCCUCUGCUGCCAGCCCUGGUCAAUAAAAGGUGGGAUUCUUGGCCAGGCUGUUUGGACUUGCCUCUUCCGGAUAGAAAGCUGGCAGGAAGAGAAACUGCCACUUACACUGGACUGAAUUUAGAGGCUGAGGAACUCGGCCCACUGACUGGGGCGGGGAGGUAGUUAGCCCUGGAUCCCAAAGAUCUGGAACUGUGGUUUGAUGGUGCUGGCCCCGAGUCUCCCCAUCCGUUUACAUGGCUACGGUGACAAGACUGCUUGCAUCCCGGACUGGUGCGAGCUGCGGGCAGAUUCAUUGCUGAAGGGUUGUGUCUCCACUUCGGCCAUAUGACUGUAUCUAAAAGAGUUUACCCGUGUUCGUUCUAACUGUUCCCCUUACAGG